GUAAGUAAUUCUAAAGAUAAUUCUAAUACCAUUGAACUCUAAUUUUGAUAGUAAUUAUGCUACCAUGGUUUACUUUAUUUGUUCUUAUCUAGCAGCAAAUGGCCUCCAUACCCCGCCAAUGGACUGAACAAGAAACUGAACAGUUUGUGGUGUUUAUGGAGAAAUUGGUUGUUGAAGGCAAAAGGGCAGAUGCCGGUCAAUUUAAGCCAGGGGCAUUUCAAAAACUGGCGGACAAGAUGAAUGAAAAGUUUCCUGGAUGUGGUCUCACUGUGAAGUACAUCAGAAACAAACACAAGCGACUAAAAGAAAAAUAUAUGUUUGUGGCUGAGAUGUUGGGUUGUAGUGGUUUUGGGUGGAAUUCCGAAAAGAUGCGUGUUGAAGUGGAUAGUAAACAAGUAUUGGAAGCUUGGGGAAAGGGUCGCAAUGUUACACUACACUCCAGGCAAGCCAUUUCCGUUGUUCGAACCUCUUAGGAGCAUUUUUGGCAAGGAUAGAG